AUGAACAAGGCGGAGGAGCAGAACGGCGGCGACUGCGCGCCGAGCGAAGAGGCGGAGGAAGUGCUGCUUAGCGCAGUAGCCUUUUUCAGCCCCGAGGGGGGUGGGCUGCAGGAAGGCGCGCUCAGCAGCAUUCGGACAGACGAAAACGCAGUGAAGCUCCUAAACGAGUUCACGCAAAGCGAAGAGGAUUGUCUAUUCGUAUUUAACGAAAAGGACACGAUCAAAUUUUAUGGAUCCAUCCUAGACUUACAAAAAAAAAAAAAAAAUGAGAAAUAUUUAAUCAUUUACAAAACGACACAAAGUAAAAAGCCACUUUUCUUGGAAAUGAACAAUGAUGCAGAAAAUGUGACGAGGAAAUUUUUGGAAAUUUUUUUUUCUAAUUUUAUGAACAAAAAUGACGAAAUCAAUUCUUCCUCUCUGUUGAAAGAAAUGAAAAAAAAGUUUAAUAAUUUUUUGCUCAACUUGAGAAUUAUCUAUGGAGAGUUACAAGAGAAAUUAACUUUGCCACUCUUACCAUCUGGAGAGAAGGAGGAAGAGGAGGACGACAUCAACCACGUGGAAGAGUACUUAAUACAUUUCAUCAAAUGCUACCACGUAAUUUUACGCAAUUUUGUAAACUACAAGAAGAACAAGUACGAAAAUUGUGAAGAUUUCCUGAGUUGUUUAAAACAUAAAAAUGAAGACAUCAACUUUUUGUAUGGCGAAAUAGAGAAGGAGAAAUUCAAGCAGAUUGUACACACCAUUUUGGAAAGGAAAAAAAACUCCAGUUAUAAGAACAUUAUUGAGAACAUUAGGAGAGAAAUUGUGGAUCUCAAAUUGGAAGUGUUCGAUUUGUAUACACAUCUAAAGCCAGUUAUUCACUUUUUGCAAAAAUUGGAAAAUAGCAGAGAAGAAAUUGAGAAUAAAAAUGUGUUGGUUGCUCCGAUUGUGCAUGCAUUGUCUUUAUCACUGGACAGGUCAGAGUAUUUAAUUAAGAACUGCAAAUUUGUGUUUGACUUUCUUUCUAGGGUUCUUAUAAAUUCUUGCAAGAAAAAUAUGAACACUCCAGAAAUUAUAAACUCCAUUUAUAACUGUGUGGAUGUGUUGAAGAGCAAGUUGUAUGGGACUUUGAAUUUUCUGCUGAAUUUUUUAUACCUCUUUAGGAUCUACCGAGAGAAGAAUACCAAGCUCCGUUCUUUGAGUGAAUCCUGUGGGUGGAGCAAUCCAGCGAGGGAUACACAGAAUGAUGAAACUGAGCAGGAGUGUACCUACUUCCCUUCCGUUAGUCUCUACAUUUACAAACUAAAGCUUCUAAUCGAAUACCUAAAAAUUUACCAAACGUACAUGAAGUUGGAAAAAAUUGAAAUUCCUGGUGAGAAGGGGAAGAAACUGACCGAGGAGGUACACACCAUCUUGCGCGAAUUCAAUUCCAUCAAUGAGACCUUCUUAGACAUUAACCACGAGAUCAUGAAUGAGGAAGAAACUAUUUUUAUAAACAAGUACAACCAGUUUGAGGACAAGGUAAAGGAAUUGAACAAGCGAUUGAUCUGCGUUUUUGUUCACUCCUUUGACAAGGAUUUGAAGAAAAAUAUCAAAUUGCUCAACUCGUUUUUAAUUUUGCGGGACUUGAGAGCCAUCGAGGUGGAGCUCAUUCGGCACGCCUCUCUACUAUGCGAGGAUUUGAAGAGGGAGUUCAUUCUGGUAGACAAUUUGUUCAUAAAAAAUAUGACCAUUGUGGCUCAAAACAGGGGCCUUGUCCUGGAGCAGGCCCCAUCACAGGGAGGGGCAUGUGGAAAAGUUAGCGGUGAUGGUGGAAAUUCAGCUGCGGUUAGCACCGAUGGUGGUAGUCCAAGCGCUUCUCCCACCGCGGAGCUGGCGAGGGAGCAGCUGAGCCACCUGCACAUCGACCAGAACGCGCCCCUGUUCUGCGAAGUGGUGAACCUUUUCACAUCACUGCUGAAGCGAAUCGAACAGCAGUACUUCCCGCUUCGCAAAAUUGUGAAGGUCCUGAACUUUAAGGAUGAAAAGACGGAAGAAAUAAAUGCGCUGUAUCGAAGCAUCAGUACUAAGAUCAGCCAAUACAUAAGCAACAUGAGCAAGGAAUGGUUUACAGAAACGAUAGAAGUCAUGAACACUUUCCUGAACGAACCUAUAUUUAAGCAAAAGGGAGAGUUAUUUUAUGUAAAUUUCCAUCCACACAUUUUUCUCUUCAUAUGUAAUGUGAAGAAUUUGUACCUGAACAAUCUAACGGUUAAUGAGGAGUGCCUGAGAAUUUACAAAAGUACCAACCGAUUUAAAGAAUUCAUUCAUACCCUAAACAGCAUCACGAAAAAGUACAACGACAUUGUGACAAAAACGUUGGGUGUACAGAAGGACCUCUUUCAUGAGAAAUUGUGGAGUGUGAAGAGCACGUUAAUGAAAGGGGUAAGUGAGCUCCGGUGGACACAAGAACAAAUUUUUGAAUACAUUCAAAUGGUAGACAAAGACAUGACAGAAAUAUUUAAUAAUAUCUCCUCUGUGCACAGUAACUUGAUUUCUAUUCUAAGUGUGACGAAGAGUUGGACAAGGAAACCAAUCUUAGAGAGGAGAAAGAAGCAUGAAGAUAUUUACAAUUACCUGAACAGUUACAAAAAUAACAUGGCAUUAUUGAAAGGGAAAUUGCUGGAUGACUUCAAGAAUAUCCACAUGAGCAUGAAGCAGUCCUUUGACCUUCUAAAGAUAAAGAAGAAUAAUAUUAUGUGGAAGAAUUACGUAAAGUUUGUAAACAGUAUAGUUACGGAUAGGGUUACUGAGUUGAUUAACUUUCUCUUUUCAAAUCUGAAUAGCAUUAUGAAAAAUGCUGAAAGAGAAAACGAACCUUUAUUUACUAUUAAGAUAAAUUUCGUAGAUCAUAAGCUAAGUCUAGACUUAAAAUUAAGAUGUAAAAAAUCAUUUAGCAUAACAAGUAUCUUUUACAAGUGGCAGGAUGACUUUAUGAAUCUUUGUUCAGGUAUUAAAAGGAUUGACACAAAGAGUGGAGACUACAUGAAUGAAAUUCUUCUUAGCUUAAAGAUUAAUCGGAACAAGAAUUGCAUUGAAAAAUAUUUUGAAGCCACUAUAGAUAAGUGUUAUGAGUAUUUACAAAGUCUAAAGAAGUAUGAAAAUACUUGCAAGAAGGAUAUGAAGAAGGAAUUUCUCCAAUUUAAGAUUCAAAAUGAAGUAGCUCUCUUCCCUACCUACUUUGAAUUCAACAACAAUUUUAGAGACACAUUAAAACUGAUUAAUAUUAACGUUACGCAUAUGUUUCCAAAUGUGUUGGCGUAUAAAAAUCUGAUUUUGUCUUUGAGGAGCGAGUUGAGUAGCUUUCACCACUUGCGUAGUUACCAGGUCAUCAACUUUGUAGCAUUUCACUCGGAGCACUUUGUGGAAAAGUUGAUUAGCUUUUCGCAGAAGGACAUUUCGCUGUAUAUUGAAUAUCUGCAGGUGUUUGUGCGGGACGUGAUUUACGCCGUGAGCGCCUUUUACGAGGGUGUGUUGGGCAACUUGAGGGACGCGGGAGUUAGCGAGUUCUUCGGGCAGGGCAAGAAGGGGGCGUCUUCUGACAUGGCGGAGUUGAGCGCUGGGGUGACUUCUCAGAUGGAAGAGUUUGGCGGUGGCAGUAGCCCCAGCGCCGCGACCGGAGAAACCCAACUGGCGAAGAGCAAGAAGGAUGCCUUCUACAACCUGAUGAGGAACCUGAGGAGCGUAAAGCUGAGCAGGAAAAUUAUCCCCCUGAUUUUCCAAAAAACAAGAGAAAUAAUGGAGACCCUCAGGGAGCUAGGCAUAACAGUGAAACAUAACGAAGUGCUGGAGGAAAUCGAGCGGAACAAGGAACGGGUAGAGAUACAGUACAAUGAAAUAAAAGAAAAAAUUAUCAAGUACAAAAAUGAGGAAAUUAAAAACAUCAAAGUGGAAAUUAAGCUGUUUAAGGAUGAGUUGAAGAAGCUAAAGAGUGGCAUUUUGCAAAACAUACCUAAUGCACCCAAGGAUAUACAAGGCAACCCUUACGAAAAGAUUAAUGAGUACAGGAGAAGUUACCAAGUGUAUAGGGAUAAGCAAAAGUAUCACAACGAGUUGGAGAUUCUGUUCGAGCUCGACAUCACGGUGUUUGAUGAACUGAACGAAUUGGACAGCAAGUUGAAGGAGCUGAAAAAUCUGUGGGAUGUUAUUAAUAGCAUUGUAUUUUUCAUGGAAGAGGAAAAGAAGAAGCUUUGGACAGAGAUAGACGUUAAUGGAAAUAUAUAUUUAAUCGAUUUCGUUUCACAAUACUUGAGAAAGAACUUAUCCCAGAUGAAGAGCAUGCCAGUGUAUGAACACAUCAUAAAGGAAUUGAAAAAGUUUUCCUCCAUCCUUCCGCUGCUAGUAGAUUUGAACAACGACUGUAUUUUCGACCGCCACUGGAAUAUCAUCAUGAACAUGUCAGGCGGCGUGGAGGGGGAUGAUGUAGUUGAGGGGGGUAAUGCAGUGGAGGGGGAUAAUGCAGUGGAGGGGGAUAACGUGGUGGAGGGUGGUAACGUGGUGGGGGGGGAUGACGUAGUGGAGAACGCGCCGAAGAAGCACCUUCAGAUAAAGUACAAAGAGCUGACGCUGCAGGGAUUCUUCGACCUGAAACUGUACAAGCACGUGGACGCUGUGCAUGAUGUGAUGGAGCAAGCCAAAAAGGAAAAAAAAAUUGAAAACAAAAUUAGAGAAAUAAGCCAAAUUUGGAGAAAAAUGAACUUUGAAUUUUUAAACAAAAAUUCUUACAUUCAAAUAACCAACAUGGACACCAUCCUCGAAAUUGUAGAUGUGCAUACGUCUGAGAUUCUCUUUUUUAUAAAUCAGAAGAAAUAUAUUUUGUUCAUCCAGGAUACCAUUUUAAAGACACAGGAAAAUUUGAAAAGAAUUGAUGAGGUGAUUAAUAUAUGGAGAAAAUUCCUGAACAAAUUUGAAAGACUACAACCGAUUUAUCUGAACUCAGAAGACAUCCAUUCGCAGCUCCCACAGGAAAGUAGGAUGUUUUUCAACAUUGAACAUGAGUACAAGGAAAUCAUUCUCAAUGCUUAUGAGCAUAAGAAUGUGUUACAAAUUUGCUUGAACGAAGAUUUAUUUUAUGUGCUGAGAAAGUUUUUUAAAAAUAUUGAGUUGUGUGAAAAGGCUCUUAAUGAUUACUUGGAUCAGAAGAAGAAGGCCUUUCCUCGAUUUUACUUUUUGUCGAACAUUGCUCUUUUGGACAUCCUGAGUAAUGGAAAGAAUCCCAUGAAGAUUCUUCCCUACGUGAACGAUGUGUUCAACGCGAUUAAGACGAUUGAGUUUGGGGGUGCAUCGGUGGAAGCGGUAAAAAGGGAAGCCAUUCCGGAGGACGCAACCGAAGCGGUAAAAGGAGAAGUCAUUCCGGAGGACGCCACCGAAGCGGUAAAAAGGGAAGACAUUACGGAGGAUGUGACGGAAGCCGGUGGGGAGCGGUUGCAUGGUGCCUCCCCCCCUGUGACGGAGUUCACCGCGAAAGGUGUGUACAGCAUCGAAAACGAACAUUUGGAGUUCCCUACAGAGCUAGUGCUGAGGGGAAACGUGGAGAAUUACCUGAAGGAUUUGGAAACACACCUGAAGGUGACCAUCAGGAGCAUCCUGGAAAAGGCAAAAAUCUGCUCCGAAAAUUUAGACGAACAAAACAGAGACGAAACCAUGAUCGGAAGUUUUAUCAGCCAAGUGGUAUGCACAUGUAACCAAAUAGUUGUGACGGAUGAAAUCAACAAAUGCUUUGACGAGCUAGAAAAUGGAAACGAGUCUGCCUUCGUCGAGUACAAGAAGAUACUAAUCGAGCGAAUAAACAAGUUAAUAAAGUUGGUGGAAAGGACACAGGAUUGUAACAUCAGAACCAAGCUACUCUCCCUGAUCAUUUUGGAUGUACACACGAGAGAUGUUAUUAUUUCUUUUAUAAAGAAAAAAAUUUCAGAUGGGACUUCCUUUGACUGGCAAGCACAGCUAAAGUACUACUGGGUGUAUGACAAGAAGGCAAACAACUACACGUGCGAAAUAAAGCUGUGUGAUUUUAGGACAAAAUAUUUAUAUGAGUAUAUUGGGAACUCGGGAAAAUUGGUGAUUACUCCAUUGACCGACAAGUGCUACAUCACCCUGACACAGGCACUGAACCUGAUCCUUGGAGGAGCCCCCGCAGGUCCGGCAGGAACAGGAAAGACAGAAACGACCAAGGAUCUCUCCAAAGCCAUAGGCAUAGCAAUAUUUAUAUUUAACUGCAGUAAUCAAAUGAAUUAUUUUAAUAUGUCUCAAAUUUGUAUUGGGCUCUCCCAGACAGGUGCAUGGGGAUGCUUUGACGAGUUCAAUCGGAUCAGCAUAGAAGUUCUAUCUGUUGUUAGUACACAAAUUAAGUGUAUCUUUGAUGCAAUUAAAGAGAAAAAAACGGUGUUCCAUUUUAUUGAUGAUGAAAUUGUCUUGAAGAAGACAUGUGGGUUCUUUAUUACCAUGAACCCAGGGUAUGCAGGGAGAACAGAGUUACCAGAAAACUUAAAAAAUUUGUUUAGAUCUUGUUCCAUGAUUGUCCCUGAUAUUAAAUUUAUAUGCGAAAAUAUGUUAAUGUCUUUUGGUUUUAUUAAGGCAAAUAAAUUGUCGUAUAAAUUUGUGGAGCUAUAUCAGCUGUGUAAGGAAUUACUUAGGAAGAAUAUUCAUUACGAUUGGGGCCUGCGUGCUGUUAAGGUGGUUCUGAUUCAGGCAGGUAAUUUGAAAAGGAAGUACAGCAACUAUGAUGAGGAAGUUAUUUUGAUGAAGGCACUUAAAGAUUUCAAUAUACCUAAAAUAACUCAUGAGGAUAUUCCUAUUUUUCUGGGGCUUGUGAAUGACCUUUUCCCGAAUGUCGACUGUGGGGAUAGGUUCUUCAAGGAGGAGGUUUGUGUGGACGGGACUGAUCUGUCCCACCCUGGGGAUGGCCUAAUGAUGAACCCCUCACCAGGGACGUCUCCAGAGGGAGUAACUUCCCGCCCCGAGGCGGAGGAACACCGCGUUGUGAGCUUUGACGAGGCCAUACGAAGCAGCCUCCGGGAUGCCAACCUCCAAAUCGACGACAAUUUCAUCCUAAAGGUAAAGCAGCUCAAGGAUUUGAUGGACGUGCGUCACUGCGUCUUCAUCUUAGGAGAAGACGGCUGCGGAAAGUCCAGCGUUAUUCAAAUAUUGAUAAGUACCCUGAACAAAAUCAAUGAGAAAUGUUUGCACGAAGUUAUUAACCCCAAGUCGAUUGAGUCGUAUGAAUUGUAUGGGUACUUAAACAAAAACAACGAGUGGGUAGACGGUGCUCUGUCUUCCAUAAUGAGGAAAAUGUCGAGGAACAUAUCCCCUUACAGUGAGAGCGUCAAACAUAAGGUUCUCUUGUUAGACGGUAACAUCGAUGCGGAAUGGAUAGAAAGCAUGAACACUGUGAUGGAUGAUAAUAAGGUGCUGACUCUGGUGAGUAAUGAACGAAUACCCUUCACCAAAGAGAUGCACUUGUUCUUUGAAAUUACCAACAUGAAGUAUGCCUCUCCCGCAACAGUCAGCAGAGGGGGGGUCCUCUACAUAAACAGAGGAGACAUAAGUUAUAAGCUGUAUAUAAGUUCGUGGAUCAACCUUUUAAAAAAUCAUGUGGCCAAGACGGAGUUUUACUACCUCUUCAACAUAUUUUACGCGCAGAACAUUGACAUGCUGAGGAAGCAGUGUAAGUUCGCCUUCGAGUUGUCCAACCUGGACAUUGUGAGGUCGAUCUGCAACUACAUCGAUUACUUCCUCGUUAAAUAUGAUAAGUACAUUAGCGAGGUGAUACGGAGAAUUGAGAAUCGCCAGGAGGAGGACGAGGCGAUGGAAGAGAGGAAGGGAUGUGUGUCUCCCUCAGCAGUGGAUGCGGUCAGCCUGGGAAAUGCACCCAAGGAGGAAAGUGGUGCUAACCAGGAAGAGUUACAUCCCAUGAAGGAAGACCAAAACAAUGGAGACGAAAAAAAUGUGAUAAACAAAAUUAAUUAUAAUUAUGAAAUUUUGAAAGAUUACUACAAUAGCUUUUUCAUGAAUUCUUACAUGUGGGUCCUGAACAACUUAAUCGUGGAGGACAAAUUAAUGAACGCAAGGAAUGCUCUCAACAACAAUGUCAAGUCGAAUGUUAAGGUAAAGAUGGGAAGCGACUACUGCUGCAACUACACUUAUAAUAUUUACGACAAUGAGUGGAAGCACCUGAGCGAGUACCUGGACAGUGACAUUUUGUUUUUGCAGAAAAUGCGCUGGAACUUUGGCCAGGAAGAGGGAGAAGAGGGUGAAACGGGGGAAGCGGAGGAGGUAGAAGAAGAAGAAGGGGGUGAUGAAGGGGGCGACACGGGUGAAGUGGAGGAGACGGGUGAAGGGAGCCGAGUGCAGCAUGCCAAGCCAAAGCACAAGAAAAAAAGCGAAAACAAUUACAUCGAAAGCAUGCUUCCACACAACUAUGAUGAAUUGUACAUUAACACGAUCGAGCUUAUUCGCACGGAAAAAAUGAUAAAGUAUUCCCUAGACCGAAACCAACCAAUCCUGAUGUAUGGAAGUAACGGCACGGGGAAGACAAAGUGUAUAAGUAACAAUAUUAAUAUGAACAUUGAAAAGUUUACGCACACCACUAUAAGCAUAAACUAUUACACAAACUCAUUUGUCCUUCAGAAGAUAAUUGAGAAUAAUGUGGAGAAGAGGAACACAAGGACAUAUGGGCCCCCGAAUCAGAAGAGACACAUUUUUUUUUUGGAAGACAUGAAUAUAACUGCUAAGGACAAUUGUGAUACACAGCAGACCUUGGAGUUCUUAAGACAAUUGUUAACGUACAAGUUGAUAUAUGACAGGGAAAAUUUAGACGAGAAGAAAUUCAUUCACGACGUCCUCUUCAUAGGAACAGUAAAUAACAACGCGAAUAAACUGAUCGACAAAAGAAUUCAAAACAAAUUUCACAUUAUCAACAUGGAAGAUAUUAGCAUGAAGACAUUUGAGAAUGUAUACAAGGUUAUACUAAAACAGCAUUUGCUCAAGUUUGAUGAUACAGUGAAAGGUUUACUUAACAAUAUCAUUUCAUUUUCACAUGACCUGUACAGUAGGGUUACAGAGAAUAUUUCGUUCAAUUUGUCUAACUCUGCUCCACAUUACUUAUUCAACUUGAAUGAUAUUCAUGGGGCAUUUCACAACAUCAUUAAAUGUACAAGCCCUGAUUUGUACAAUGGAGGGAGCUUUAAAUUUUUAAUGAUUUUUUUCCACGAGAUGCAUCAUGUGUACAUGAACAAGCUGACGUCGAAUGAGCACAUUGAGAUUUUCACACAGAUCUUCAAUCGCCUUUUGCAACAGCACUUUCCCUUUUGCCUGGAGGAUUUGGCUCGCCACCGGGCCGCCUUCGACGGGGACACUGGCGCGGUUAGUGGCGCGGUUAGUGGGUUGGUUAGCGGCGCGAUUGGUGGUGCGGUUGGUGGUGAUGGGGACGCGCACGCCUCAAAGGGGCUUAUCACAUCACAGGGGCUGAGCGCUUCACAUGGUCUAAGCGCAUCUACAGCCCCCUCUGCCAACUCGGCCAGCCUCCCGUACGACCCGAACAAGAACAUAUUCACCUCGUUCAUUUCGGUGCGCAACGGGCUGGACAAAAUGUACCUCGGUGUGAAGAAAUUCCAUGUGCUGAAGGAGGUGCUGGCAGAGAAGCUAAGCGAAUAUAACAUCUCGCACGUGGAGCUUCCACUCGUCCUCUUCGACUACGCAGUUGUGCAGAUAUGCAAAAUAUGUCGUAUCUUAGACUUUGACAUUUCGCACCUGAUGUUGAUCGGCUUUGGAGGAUCGGGAAAGCAGUCCCUAGUGAAACUGAGUAUCUUCAUCAACUGCCUCAACCUGCUACAAAUCUCAACGAACAACAACUACGACUUGAGCAAUUUUAAAGCAGACCUUCAGGAGUUCCACUUGAAAUGCGCCAUCAAGCCUGGCAACGUGCACGUUCUACUUCUGAAGGAACAAAAUAUCCUAGACUCGUUCCUGCCGUACAUAAAUGAUUUGACAUCCACGGGGUUGUGUAAUGAUUUGUUCACGAAAGACGAGUACCUAGGAAUUUUCUCCUCCAUUCGAAACCAGAUAAAGUACUUAAAUAUUGGGGAGAGCAACGAAGAUGUAUUUAAUUAUUACAUAAGUAAGAUAAAAAGGAAUUUCAAAGUAGCAGUGACCCAUUCUCCUAUUAGCAGUUUAUACAGAGAUCGUUUGAUAAAAUUUCCUUCGUUCUUAUCGAACUUUUCCUUCGUGUACUUUUUACCCUGGCCAUAUGAAGCACUUGUAAAUGUGUCUAAUAGAUUUUUGAACGAUUUAGAAAUCGAGGAUGAAUUGAAGAAGAGCAUUUGCGAACAUAUGGCGUAUGUGCACACAAGCACAAAUGAGAUGAACAAGAUUUAUCUGGAGAAGAAAAAUCGAUACAAUUAUGUUAUCCCCAAAACUUUCCUAGAGUACAUAUAUUUUUAUAAGAACCUGUUGCAUGUGAAGAAUUAUGAGAUUGAGAAAUCCGUGGAGAGACUGAACAAGGGAUUGUUAGCACUGACAAGUACGAGAGAAAAUGUGGAAGUGUUGAAAAAGGAAAUUGAAGUGAAAAUAAAAAAUAUAGAAGAGAAAAAAAUUGAAGUGAAUGAAAUUAUAAAAAAAGUGAAGGAAGCAACGGAAGUGACGAACAAAGAACAGCAGAUUGUAAAUGAGGAGAAAAAAAAAACUGAAAUUUUUACAAGAGAAGCAAUUGAAAUUCAGAUUAAAGCAGAUAAAGAAUUGAGUGAAGCUUUGCCCAUAAUGAACAAGGCCAAGGAAGCUGUAAAUUGUAUUACCAAGUCAGCUAUUCAGGAACUAAAGUCUUUACAGAACCCACCAAAGGAGUGUCUAGAUGUAACCCACGCUGUUCUAAUUGCCUUAAAGGAGAUAAAAAAUUAUUCAUGGAAAUUUGCUCAAAAAAUUAUGAAUAAUCCUAGUCAGUUUUUAUCGAAAUUGCAAAAGUUCGAUGCAGAAAAUAUGGAUGAAGAGACAGUUCAUUUGUUAACCCCAUUUAUUGAGAAAAAAUUCUUCAAUUAUGAAAUGAUGAAAACCAAAUCUUCUGCAUGUGCUUACUUGGCACUUUGGCUAGUGAACAUUGUCAAGUAUAAUGAAGUGUAUAAAAAGGUGAAGCCACUGAUGGACAAAUUGCAAGAAGCCACAAAUAAUAAAAACAGCGCACAAGAAAAAUUAAACCUUUUAGAAAAUAAGGUGAAGGAAUUAACGGAUAGUGUAGAAAAGCUUAGGACAAAAAUGAAUGAAGUCAAUGAAGAGAAAAAUAACAUUAUAAAAAUAUUUAAUGAAUCAAAAGACAAAUUAAAUCGAGCGGAAAAUCUGGUGAAUAUGCUAUCGGAUGAGUAUAGUAGAUGGUCUGAUGAAAUUGAAAUUAUUAUUUCUAAUAAAAAAUACAUUUAUGGAGAUUGUCUCCUUUUGUCUUCCUUCAUUACCUACUUAGGGGUAUUCUCUAGCUCCUUCCGAGUAAAAUUAUGGAAGAACCUGUGGCUUGAGCAGAUUAAGAAGAGCAAUAUCCUCAUCAGCGAAAUUUCCUCCCCAAUUGACAUCAUGGUACAGGAUAUACAGAUAGCUACCUGGAAAAAUGAGAAACUUCCUGAAGAUAGGAUAAGUAUAGAAAAUGCUCUUAUCGUAAGUACUUGCUAUCGAUGGCCUUUGUUGAUCGACCCACAGUUACAAGGAUUGAAGUGGUUGAAGGCUAAAGGAGGAAAUAAUAUCACAUGUCUCCAAUUCAACAGUGAUCAUUUUAUUACAAAAGUUAAGAAUGUUAUCUUGAGAGGUGGCUACCUCAUUAUAGAAAACGUCACUGAAGAGAUUGACAACGUUAUUGAUGGGCUCCUCAAUAGGGAAUUCAUAAAGAGGGGAAAUGACACCUUCGUCAAAAUUGACAAUGAGGAGAUGCAGUUUAACUACCCCAAUGCUAUUAGCAGAGUGUCGAAGAUUAAGUCAUUCUAUGAGAGUGGCGCUGGAGAGGGGGGAGGCCGCUCUGGUGCCACUUCUGGGCGAGAAAAUAACAACUCGGGCAGCUUCCACGAAGAUGGAGAGGUGGACCAUGAUGAUGCAACGGAGGAAGAAGAGGAGGAUGAGGAUGAAAAGAACCUGCACACUAAGUCAACCCCCAGAAGAGGGGAUAGACAAAACGGUAGACAACAUGGAGAUAGCAGCCGACGUGGUAGAGAUAGCGCAACUCAGGAAAUGUCGAUGAUGAUGACCCCGAGGGAAAAACAGGAUGAUGAAAAAAAUUACGAAAAAAUGUCCAACUCACAUAGUAUUAUGAGUAAAUCUCUUUCAAACGAGGGUUUUAGAAAGGCCCCCUUUUUCAAUCUCAUCCUGCAAACGAAGCUGAGCAAUCCACACUUCAAGCCAGAAGUGAACAGCCAGUGCACGCUCAUAAACUUUAGCGUAACUUGUGAAGGGCUGGAGGAGCAAAUUUUAGCCAUCAUCGUUAAUAUAGAGAAGCCAGAAUUGGAGAAGCAGAAACAAAUACUUGUGAAAAACAGAAAUGAAUACAAAAUCGUUUUGAACAAGUUGGAGGAUGAAAUAUUGUAUCAGUUGUCCGCCGCAGACUCCACCACCAUCAUCGACAAUAUUUCUCUCAUUAACAGUUUGAAGACUACCAAAGACACAUCUAUCAAUAUACAAAAGCAAGUGGCCGAUUCCAUCACAACGGAGAACGAGAUUAACAAAACUAGGGAGCUGUAUAGGACCCUGGCGAACGAAGCCUCCAUCGUGUACUUCAUCCUCAUCCUUAUGCACAACAUUAAUUACAUGUAUCAGUACUCGCUGGACUCUUUUAUUAGCUUGCUGCUCAAGUCGAUCGAGGCCGUGCACGCGGGGGUCGCAAUGGGGAGCAGAGUAGGGAGUGGAAUUGGUCGUGGCGUGGGCAGCGCGGGGGAGGACGAGCUGAGCCUGGGCGACUCGAGGGGGUACUUCCGCGAUGGCGCCGAACGGGAACGAGGAACGGGCACAGCGGACGAAGACGAGGCGGAAGAAGCAACCCGAAAUGGAGCAGAACAAAACGACCUGUGCGAUGAGCACAUGAACGAGCUAAUCAUUUCAUUCAGGAAAACGAUCUACUCAUGGAUCAACCGAGGGUUGCUGGAAGAGGACAAGCUGCUAUUCAAUUGUAUAUUUGUGUUCAAAUUAUUGGAAAAAAAAAAAAUUCAUGACAAGGAUUUCAGUAUGGAUUAUUUGAACUUUUUUUUGAAGCCUCCCCGAAUGAAAGAAGCGAUUCAGAACCCGUUAAAGGAAUGGCUAGCUGAUGACUGCUGGAGGAAUGUAUGUGUGUUGUCAAAAUUUAAAGAAUUUGAAAGUUUAACCAACAAUAUACACAUAGAUGCACAGCACAAGUUCAAGCAGUGGUGUUCAGAAAUACAACCAGAAAUAUGCACCCUACCCCUAGAAUGGAAAAAAUUAAGUAAUAACUCUUUUAAAAAAUUACUAAUUAUAAGAUCAUUGAGACCAGACAGAGUAACAGUAACAUUGGAGAAGUACAUUCGAAAUGUGUUACCAAACAGUGAAGAGAUUAUGGAGAGGAAGAAUUCCUUUGUAGACACACUAGAAUCAUCGUACAAUUUUAUGAUUAAUUCUACCCCAAUUCUCUUCAUCUUAACCCCUGGGUCCGAUUUUAUUAAGUAUGUAGAACAGUUAGGGAAGAAGAAUAAAUUUUAUCUGAACAGUAAUUUGCACAUAGUAUCUUUGGGACAAGGACAAGAAACAAUUGCAUUGUUUAAAUUGGAGCUAGCUCAUAAAGAAGGUCAUUGGAUAGUAUUGGAAAAUAUUCAUCUAAUGGCAAAAUUCAAUUUAGUUUUAGAAAAUGUGAUUGAUAAAUAUGCUGCAGAGGGGUCUCAUCCGAAUUUUCGUCUUUUCUUAACAUCAGAGGUAACAAAAAAUAUUCCCAUAAGUAUUUUGGAGAGGUCUAUAAAAUUGACAAACGAAGCUCCAACAGGUUUUAAAGAAAAUUUGAAGAGAGCCUUUACCUUUUUCUCCUUAGAUGAUUACGAAGAGAAAGAUUUACGAACAAAAAAUAUUUUAUUUUCUCUUUGUUAUUUCCAUUCCAUCAUUGUGGAGAGAUCCAAAUUUGGUGCUCAAGGGUUUAAUAUAAAAUAUCCCUUCAGCUUAAGUGACCUUCGAGAUAGUGCAAAAGUUCUUUUUAAUUAUUUAGACAAUCAGAAUUCUAUAAAGGUACCGUGGAAUGACUUAAAAUAUAUUUUUGGAGAAAUCAUGUAUGGUGGUCAUAUUGUGAAUGAUAAGGACAUGUUGGUGUGCAAAACUUAUUUGAAUUAUUAUAUGAAGGAGCAGUCUUUAGAGGGGAUGCAGUUAAUUCCUUUUUCUAAAAAUGUACAAUUGUUUAGCCCUAGUAAUUAUGCUUAUGAUAAAAUUUUAAAAUACAUUGACACGCAGAUGGUUGCUGAGUCUUCCAUUUUGUAUGGCCUGAACCAACAUGCAGAAAUGAACUUUAGGACAAAUGAAAGUAUAAAGCUGUUGACAAAUAUUUUUAAGUUAAAGCUGAACGAGAGUUCUACCUUUGUGGAAGAACUAACCACUAGAGAAACUUUGGAAGUUCGCACUGCUAAUAUCCUUUCAGACAUAUUAAAUGAAAUUGAAAAUGUUCAUUUCAAUGUAGAUGAACUGGUUAAGUCCAUUCCUGAUGAUCAGAUUACUCCUCUGCAGUAUUUCCUCUUCCAAGAAUGUACUCUUAUGAAUUCACUUACAAGUAUUAUGAGAGACUCUUUAAAGGAGCUACAUCUAGCUAUUAAAGGUGAAAUUAAUAUGAACACAAAAAUGGAAUCAUUAAUGGGUUCUUUGUACAAAGAUCAGCUACCAGAUUUGUGGAAGGAUAACUCUUACUCCAGUAACAGAAAUUUGUGCUCAUGGAUUCUUAAUCUCAAGGAAAGAAUCAGCUUCCUAUCCGAUUGGUUCAAUGACCCACUGGUGACUCCAAAAGUUUUUAACGUCUCGCUUUUGUUCAACCCGAAUAGCUUCUUCAGUGCAAUUAAACAAAUCCUCUCUCGAAAUGAGAAGUGCGAGUUAGACAAAAUUAUUAUGCAAAUUGAAGUCACCAACAAGUCUUUGAAUAAUAUUCACUCGUACCCUAAGGAGGGCGCUUACAUCUAUGGGCUCUACCUCGAUGGCGCCAACUACGACAUUGAGAAAAACACCCUCUGUGAUUCUAGCUCCAAGCAGAAGUACUUCCUCAUGCCCGUCAUUCACUGCAAGCCGGUCGUCAGCAUGGGCAAAGUGGAAACGGACGUGUACGAGUGCCCCGUUUAUAAGACAGUCUCCAGGGGACCCACCUACGUCACCAAUAUUAAGCUCAAGACCAAGGAGAACCAGGAGAAGUGGGUGCUUGCCGGCGUUGCGCUCAUCCUGGACAUUGCCGAUGAUUGA